CGGAAGCUCGCCUCAGACGGAGCAGGGAGGCCGAGGAGCGCAUCUGUCCGCACACAGAGCCGCAGUGCUGGGAUGUGAACGGCAGCAUGAGUGUGAAGGCCUUCGAGCUCGUGCCCGCCGUGGAGUGGGAGCAGCUGACAGCCGAGAAGGCGCGCGCCGCCGUGGAGUGCAUCGAGUGUUGUGGCGAGCACCUGUACGUGUGCACCAGCGACUGCGUCCUGCAUCACUUCCUGCUGGAGGCGCGCACCACGGCCAAGGGCAGGCACACCUACAGGACUCAGAAGCUCCUGCAGAAGGUGCUGAACUCGAAGAAGCCGGCGGCUGAGCUCAAGGCGGCGUCUGCCCUGGACAGGCUCGUGGUCCUCUGUGACGCCGCUAUCUCAUUGGUAGACAUGCUCACACUGGAAGCAGUUCCAUCCGGUGGAGCAAAGCUCCGGGGCGUAACGGCGUUCUCUGUGAACGAGAACCCGGUGACGGGCGAUGCCUUCUGCGUGGAGAUGGCGGUUGUGUCGGCACGGCGACGGGCUGUCCACAUCUGCACUGUGCACGAGGACCGCGUGCAGGUGCUGAAGGAAGUGGUCACACCUGAGCAGCCGUGCGCGCUCGCGAUGGACGGCUACUUCCUGUGCCUGGCAUUGCCCAUGCAGUACAUGAUUCUGAACUACAGCACGGGGGUGUCACAGGAUCUCUUCCCCUACAACAGCCAGGAGAGGAAGCCCAUCGUGAAGAGGAUCGGCAGGGAGGAGUUUCUCCUGGCCGCCCCAGGGGGCCUCGGGAUGUUUGCUAAUGCAGAGGGCAUAUCCCAGCGCGCACCGGUAAGCUGGUCAGAGGGCGUGCUUGCUGCAGCUGUGUGUUUCCCCUACGUGGUGGCCCUGGACGAGGGCUUCGUCACCGUGCACAGCAUGCUGGACCAGCAGCUCAAGCAGACGCUCUCCUUCCGAGAGGGACACGUCUUGCAGGACUUCGAAGGGAAGGUGCUGUUGGCCUCCACAAAGGCAGUGUUCGUGCUGGUGCCUCUGCCCCUGGAGACCCAGAUCCAGGACCUGCUGGCCAGCCGCCGCGUGGAGGAGGCGCUUGUCCUCACGGAGGGCGCGCAGAGAAACAUUCCCAAAGACAAGUUCCAGAUGUUACACAAACGAAUUCUCCAGCAAGCAGGAUUCAUCCAGUUUGGGCAGCUGCAGUUCUCCGAAGCGAAAGAGCAUUUUAGGAGAGGGCAGCUGGACGUGCGUGAGCUGAUCUCCCUGUACCCGCUGUUGCUGCCCGCCUCGUCCUCGUUUACGCGCUGCCAGCCUCCUCUGCACGAGUUCGCUGACCUCAGCCAGCUGGCGCAGGGAGACCCGGAAAAGGUCGAGCGCUGUAAGCACUUCCUCAUCGGCUACCUGCGCGAGGCGCGAGCCGGCGAGGCCGCCAAUGGCUUCCGCGAGGAUGUGGACACAGCGCUGCUGAAACUUUACGCUGAGGCGGGUCACGAUAGCCUGCUGGACCUGCUGGCCUCGGAGAAUGCCUGUCUGCUGGCUGACAGCGCCCCCUGGCUGGAGAAGCACCACAGGUACUUUGCACUUGGGAUUCUCUAUCACUACAAUGGUCAGGAUGCAGUCGCACUGCAGCUGUGGGUGCGAGUGGUUAAUGGAGACCUGUGUGACCCCACGUGCACCAACCUCUUCCAGUACAUUGUGGAUUUCCUGAGCCGCUGCCCCAACCUGGACCUGGUGUGGAAGUAUGCAGACUGGGCCCUUCAGAAGGACCAGAAGAUUGGGGUUCAGAUUUUCACUAAGAGGCCCAUCUCCAAAGAGCUGCUGAACGCAGAUGACGUGAUCACGUACCUGCAGAAGCACCACAGAGCCCUCCUGCUGUACCUGGAGCACCUGGUGCUGGAGCGCAAAGUUCAGAGAGAGAAGUACCACACCCACCUGGCCGUGCUGUACGCCGACCAGGUGCUGGGGCUCCUGUCUCGGCCUGCGGACACCCGGGAGCACCUGGCCUCUGCCCGCACAAAACUGCAGCACUUGCUGAGGGAGUCCAGCUUGUACAGAGUGCAGCUGCUGCUAGGUAAAUUGCAGGACUCAGAGCUGUUGCUGGUGGAAAGGGCCAUACUGCACGGUAAACUGGACGAGCAUGACACAGCCCUGCACAUCCUGGUUCACCAGCUCAGAGACACCACGGCCGCCGAGGACUACUGCACCUGGGCUUCGGCGGCCCGUGGCCACGCCCAUCGCCGCCGCCUCUACCACCAUCUUCUGGGCAGAUAUCUCGACCCGGACAUGCCUGGUGGACCGCGGGCUGUGGAGGCCGUGGACUUGCUCAACCGCCAUUCCGAAGUUUUCGACGCAGUGCAGGUUUUAAAACUCCUCCCAGAGGCGUGGUCUCUGGGGUUGCUACACCCCUUCCUGUGCGGGGCGUUGAGGGCGAGCGUGCAUGCCUGCCGGACCACCCAGGUUGCACUGGGGCUCGCCCGAGCGGAGAACCUGCAGCUACACCGUGACAGGCUAAAGUAUCGGGGUGGCCCCAUCCUCAUGUCAGAGAAGAAGGGCUGCCAUCUGUGCCACAACACCUUCAGGGAUCCGGAGUGCAUGUGCCUUCCCGGAGGCACGCCCGUACACACCCACUGUGCCGCCCAGAAGCUUCAGGACACGCCCAUCAAGCGGCGGCUAGACCGCACCCACACCAGCAACCACACGUGAAGUCGUCUAGGGCUCGGCUGCCCUCCGGGGAACAGCAGCUGACCGCCCCGCCCCCGGACAGCUGAAGGGCACGUGGGUGGUGUCUGAGGCACAGGCGCAUGGACACUGCAUCGUGGGUAACGGUGAUCAGGGCCGGUUUAUGCAUGUACAUGUAAAAGGAGAGGGAGGGGUGUAGAGAUGGUGUGUGCAAGUGUGGGCGCGGGUGAUUGUGUAUGAGAACCUGUUCAUUCACACUCCCCACUCCGUGUGUGUGUGUGUUCUCAACACUGAUAUCCUGUUGAGCUGGUUUAUUUUUUUUAUAGUUCUGGAGAUCUGUUGAUGAUUCAGUCCACCGCUGUACCCCGUAACGUGGGGUCCCGCGUCUGGUGGGAUGCUUCAGGACCUUCUACUGGAAGUCUGCAUGUCUUUACGUCAUCCAGCAGGAGUCAUGAUCCAGGGUGACAGUGUCCGGGGUGGUUUCCAUGGUAACGAUUUAACCAUUACCAAAUCCGAUGAAACCACUGUAUCCACUGAUGGCUUGGACGUUAAAGAGAGGCUCCUGUCUUAGUCUCGUCAUGCACACAAAAGCGCUUGUUAAUGCUGUAAGCAAAAGACUUUGCUUUUUUUACAUUUUAUUAACUUUAACAGCAAAGUUCUUUUCAUCUCUACUCGCAGAGUGAAAGUGACGUUUCUGUAGCAGUUUCAGAAUCAGUAAGUCGUCCUGGUAAAGUUGUAUAAAACUUAACUGCAGACAUAAUAUGGAUAAAAGGGACUCAUGACCAGAUCAUCUUUUGUGAAAACACUUAGUCUUUUAAUUCAGUUACAAUACUAUAUUGUAAUAUGUGUGGUGUAUAUACUAUAAAUCAUAUUACUUUGGUUUCAAGAUAAGCACAUCUUGAGAAGGAUAUGUGAACCGUCCUGCUCUGAAGACGUGUCUGUCCCCAGCAAACGACUGCACACGUCAUCUUGACAUGAUGAGGUCUUCUGUUUCAGAAUUCAUGUUGAACACGAUGACAGAUUCUGGCACUUGUUAUUACGUGCGCGUGUGUGCGUGUGUGAGAGACCUGCCCCUUCCCAUCAGCCCCUCUGUGGUCCCUCCACGUGUACAGGGUCAUGUCUGAGAUCUGUCAUCCUGUGUCUUAACAAGUCUAAACUGUAACUAAUUUCUGAUCAAAGUGAUGAGUAUUUUUCUUAUUGAAUUUGUAAUUUUAAGGUAUAGAAUGUCAAAAAGGAGAUGGGAUCUUGCAAAAUAACAUGGCACCCGCUAUUUGAGUGUUUUUGAAAAGGAUGUCACAUUUCCAAGAUGUGAUGUGCAUGUGUACUGUUAGAGGGGUGCUUGGGUUAUGUUAAUCUGAAGGAGUCAGACAGGUCCAGAUUAGGGGUGUGAUUAGGACACCAGCCCUGCUGAAGGGCCUCUUGAAAAUCUCGCACACAGAACGAACACUGCCUACACUGUCAAUAUUAAUGCAACCCGAGACUGACCUGGGAACAGUACAGACGUUCAUCUGCUGUUGAAGAGACAAUGCUACUGGCUCAUGGACUGUUCCUAAACCAGCUCUACUCCAGAAGAAACACACGCUGGCUCACAAUAGGGGUCAGUUUAUUGGGGGUUUAGCAUUAUCACAGCAGAAGGUGCUGUUCAGAAAUGAAGGGGGAAAAAAACUCAAAUAUAUUCAACUGGAAAUAAACACCAGUUACUGUUGAAUUUGUAUGAAAUUUCAGCUUUUCAUAAAUGAAACAAUGAACUACAUGUCCACAGCAAAGAAACAAGACUAAUUAAAAAUUCAUUGAAACAUGCCUUCCAGUGGCUUUUCCCAUCAGAACACACGUGACCCAUGUAGGGUUUUGUGCAACUUGUUUCCAACAUGUAAAAUCUCUGGCCCAUUUUUCCAGAUACACUAGUUUUAUUGGUCGUCUUAACCACUGGGGUGGACGUUGAGGUGGCUUCAGGUCCUGGCCUCUUACGAUGCCUCGUUCAGUUUGCGAUGCUUCAAAACGUCAGGGGCCAAGAAGCUUCUUUCGGGGUUGUUGCGUAGCUGUUAUCCUGGUCGUAUGUAAUUAAAUUUCUACUUUCCUGUCCCGGACUACCUAUAAAGAACACGGAACUUCAGUCCUCUGGUCAAAAAGUGCAGUUGGGCUUCUGCCUCUUUCUAAUGACUCAAGAAUUUUUAGAUGCACAUGUGCUCAGCUGUACAUACUGUAUUUAUUAUCGUUUGUUGCUUUGUACAUCAAUGCCAGUGCAAGUGGAAUGUACAAAAAUGUAAAAGACAACCGUUUUAAUAAACAUGACUAUGCUUGUUACUGGU